AUGAAAAAUAUAAACACUACAGCAUUGGAACUUGCUCAACAGCUCCACAUAGCUAAUGCAUCGUCAGCCAACAGAGAAAGACUCUUCUCCUCCACAUUCGGUUUACCAUUCCAAACUACACGAAUUCUUCAGGCUGCCAAAAGGCUAAAUGCCAGUCAAGCAUUCUACUGGGUAGCAAGUGAUGGAUGGGGCAAACAGCAGAAGCUGGUCGAAGGCCUAGAAGAUGUAGCAGAAGGUGCUAUUACAGUUGAACUGCAGUCGAAUAAUAUCCCCGGAUUUGACGCAUACAUGAUGUCAUUGACACCUGAACGAAACACAAGAAAUCCCUGGUUUGAGCAGUAUUGGGAAGAUACUUUUGCAUGUGUUCUUGAAAAGAACAUUCCACUUGAAACUAACUAUACUUUCAAUGUCUGCAGCCCAGAACUUCGAUUGUCUCAACGGGUCGGGUAUGAACAGGAGAGUAAAGUUCAGUUUGUCGUGGACGCAGUGUAUGCUUUCGCACUGGCUCUUCAUAACCUCCAUGAGGAUAUCUGCAAAGAUUAUAAUCAAUCUGGGAUAUGCCCUGCUAUGGUUCAGUACGAUGGAGGAGAAUUCUAUAAAAAAUAUCUACUGAAUAUGUCAUUUACUGACUUGGCUGGAAGUCCUGUCAAAUUUGACGAUAGUGGAGACGGACUUGCAAGAUACGACAUACUCAAUUAUCAACGACAUCUAAAUUCUUCAGGAUAUCAUUAUCGAGUAAGUUUUAUAUUAAAUAAGUAUAAAUUAAACCAUUUUCUUAAAUUCGGCAACUAAGAUAUUUGUAUUUUGUAGAUAACUAUUUGAAGAGAUUUAUGUCCUUUUAGGUCUAAUGGCGUCAUGUGCCAUAUCAGACAUUGCUUGUCAAUUAUUUUGAUUAUUUUUUUAUUAUAAAGCGUGAAUUAUAAAUAUUGUAUAUGGAAUUUUUUAUUUAGCUUAUUGCACAAACUAAGAAAAAUGUUGCAAAUUAAAAAAUUUUACGCUGUACAAACUAAACGUAUAGGUACUAUUGUGCACCAAUUAAUCAAUCAAAGAUAGAAUAAAAACUUUAUUGAUUUUAAUAUAACGCGGGCACAUAAAUUUGGUACACCCUGUAUAUUGAUUUGUAACUAUUUAUUAUAAGUAGUUUUUAAGAAGUGGGUUAUCGUUAAUGAGUUUUUUUCCCUGAAAAAUAAAAGACUUAAGGAAAGAUAGUGAUAUGAAUAGAAAAUAAUUGUUCAGGGUAUUUGGAGAUUAUAACGGUGCUUUGUUAUGCACGAGGCCAGAAGCCACAGGUAAUGAUAUCUUUAGAAAAUAAUGUAAAAGAAAGUUUGGAAUUUUAAUCUCUUUUUGUUUAACCCCGAGUCAAUUUUGUAGAAUUUCCCGAAAGUAAAUAUUAUGAUGGUAGGAAUAUUUUUGAAAGUAUGAUUGCGUUUUUUUGAAUGAAAAAAAGAAUGGGGAAGAAGAAAUGUCUCUGAUUGGUUUGGCAAUUUGGAAUGGGAAGGAGAGAAAGUUGAAUUUUCAGAUAGUUUGGAAAGAGGAAUUAUUAUGUGAUCGGCAUCGCUGAAGAGCAGUCAACGUUUUCGUGGAUAGUUAAAAAGCAAGUGCCAGUGGUUGUUUGAUAGUGGAGAGUGGAGCUGAAAAGUGGAACGAGAGACAGAUCAAAUUUGAGGAGAAAUACCUCUUUGAUUCUGUAUUAUGGUGAGAAGGAGAGGAGAGAAUUUUUGAAGCUGUUUGAAUCGAGUGCUGGUUAAAAGAGGCCGGGCUCGUUGUUUCUUUGGAGAAUUAGUGCUGGUAAGCUGCUGAAUUGAAGCUUGAGAACGGAGAGGGCUUUGAUGGGUAGCCUAACAUAGUCAACAAGGGAGAGCUGUUUGGGUCAAGAGGAGACAUCAUUGUGAGUGAAGCAAAAGGCCAGUCAAUUUAUGUGAAAGAUUUUUUUAUGUUCGGAAACUAAAAUUUUGAGUAAAAGCAUUUGAAUUAAGAUUCCAAUAUUUCAAAAAUUAAAUAGGAAGUAUAAGUAAUUUUUGCGAAUACCUAAAUUUGUUUGUUUAGCUUGUUAUAUCAAAGUCAUCGGGAACAAACCGAUAAAUUUUUAUUUGAACUAGAAUAAAUUUAAGUGGUAAAAAUUUCAUUCGGACAGCUAUGUCCACAGGUUUUAAUUGAUCGAUUUUUAGAGUAUUGAAUUUGAUAAUA